GCGUGUAGACGUUGGUUAGGUUAACUGUAAUCCGUAAUUUACGGUAUCUUUCUUUGUCCAGAAAGAAGUAAGAGCCAGACUCAUCAGUUAAUCUUUAUCAAAUUCAAACGAACACGUAAAAGUAACUGGUGAAUUAAAAAAGUGUUUCUGAAUUCCACGAGUGUUGUUUAGUGAUCCCUGCAGAGUCGUUCGAGCAUGAAUAAUAAAAAAGUAAGCAGUGAUAUUUCCGCGUUUCCCUCGGGAGUCAAGUUCUGGUGAUAGAGUUAAAGUCGAGGCAGUGGUUCGCCUGAUGAGUCUGCGGUGACACCUCGCCGCUGAGCGGUUGGAUGGCGGCAGUUAGCGGUCCCGCGCGGCACUCUCGCGUUUCCAUGAGUGUGUCGAUGUCCCUGAUGCAGGGCAGUACGCAGAGUGCGCCCCAGGGCGCCAUCCUGGCGGCAGCGGCGCCCUACUAUCAAUCGCCGGCUAUCCCGACUGAUGUUCAGCCUGACCGGCCCAUCGGCUAUGGUGCCUUCGGCGUUGUAUGGGCUGUGACGGACCCUCGCGAUGGCCGGCGGGUGGCGCUCAAGAAACUGCCCAACGUAUUCCAGUCGCUUGUCUCCUCAAAACGUGUCUUCCGCGAGCUCAAGAUGCUCUGCUUUUUCAAGCAUGAAAAUGUACUAUCGGCGUUAGACAUCCUACAGCCACCUAGCCUCGACUUCUUCCAGGAAAUAUAUGUGAUCACGGAGCUUCUGCAGAGCGACCUACACAAGAUCAUCGUGUCGCCCCAACAUCUAUCAGCGGACCACAUUAAAGUCUUUCUGUACCAGAUACUGAGAGGUCUCAAAUACCUGCAUUCCGCAAGGAUUCUUCAUCGCGAUAUCAAGCCAGGAAACUUGUUAGUGAACAGCAACUGCGUACUUAAGAUAUGCGAUUUCGGAUUAGCGCGAGUCGAAGAGCCGGACGCAAACAAAAACAUGACGCAGGAGGUCGUGACCCAAUAUUACAGAGCCCCUGAGAUUCUGAUGGGAGCGAACCAUUACACAGCAGCUGUUGACGUCUGGUCGGUCGGCUGUAUAUUCGGCGAGCUACUUGGCAGGCGCAUCUUAUUCCAGGCACAGAGUCCCGUUCAACAGUUGGAGUUGAUAACUGAUCUGCUGGGCACGCCGUCGCUUGAGGACAUGCGUCACGCGUGUGCAGGAGCCCGCGCACACAUGCUUCGCCGCGCGCCCCGCCCCCCCGCCCUCGCUGCCCUCUACACGCUCUCCGUUCAAGCCACACACGAGGCCGUGCAUCUACUCGCGCAGAUGUUGGUAUUCGAUCCAGCCAAGAGGAUUUCCGUAGUGGACGCACUAGCACAUCCUUACCUCGAAGAAGGGCGACUCCGUUAUCACUCAUGCAUGUGCAAGUGCUGUUACAACGCCCCCCCAGCAGCCAGGCACUACUCUCCAGACCUGGAGCCGGUGGCGCCGCAUCCCUUCCACGAUGCAUGGGAACGGAAGCUCACCUCCGUGCACCAGGUCAAAGAGGAGAUACACAAGUUCAUAGCGGAGCAGCUCCAAACGUCUCGCGUUCCGCUCUGCAUCAACCCGCAGUCCGCCGCGUUCAAGAGCUUCGCAAGCUCGACAGUGGCGCAUCCAUCCGAGCUCCCGCCGUCGCCGCACCAGUGGGAAUGACGUGAAACGAAGCGCGUCUUUGACAAGCGACGCGCUGAAUACACUGACGCGAGAUAGACAGAGCAGACUGACGUUCGGAAAUAUAUUAUCUGUGCUGAUCGAAAUGCCACCGG